GAGGUCUGGCCUAUAAAGUAGCCGAGUCUCCCGCAAGUCGACCGGCACCGGCGUCUCCCGCCGCGUCGUUCGCCACCCGUGCAGUGCUCAGCCCCGGAUUGGCGCCCGCGCCCCGCGAGUCAUGGCGACCAAGGCCGUGUGCGUGCUGAAGGGCGACGGCCCGGUGCACGGCACCAUCCACUUCGAGCAGCAGGGAAACGGGCCAGUUGUGGUAAAGGGACGCAUUGCAGGAUUGAAUGAAGGCCAGCACGGAUUCCAUGUCCAUGAGUUUGGCGAUAACACCAAAGGCUGUACCAGUGCAGGUCCUCACUUUAAUCCUCUGUCCAAAAAACAUGGUGGGCCAAAGGACGAAGAGAGGCACGUUGGAGACCUGGGCAAUGUGACUGCAGGCACAGAUGGUGUGGCUGAAGUAUCCAUUGAGGAUUCUUUGAUCUCACUUUUCGGACCGAAUUCCAUCAUUGGCCGCACAAUGGUGGUCCAUGAAAAAGAAGAUGACCUGGGCAAAGGUGGGAAUGAAGAAAGUACAAAGACCGGAAAUGCUGGAAGUCGCCUGGCUUGUGGUGUGAUUGGGAUCGCCCAGUAAACAUUCCCUGCUAUGUGGUCCAAGUCCUAGUCACUCGUGUCAUCCUGCUAGCUGUGGAAAUUUAACUUGAAAAACAUUAAACAGUGUAAUCUUAAAAGUGUAA